AUCUUCUUGCUUGUGUGGAGGGGGAGACGAGACGGCCAGUCUGUCACAUUAUUCUGUCACUGUCUCUUACUGUGCGAUGCACGCGCACGGGUCUCCACUGCUGCUGCUGCUUCUUCUACGCUGCUCCUGCGCUGCCACUGCCGCCCACCGACGAUGGCCGUCAAUGCGCACGUCGACAAGAUCCUCAGCCGGGCGGGGCCCUACACCGAUGAGAGCUUUCAGGGCGGCGAGACCGCAAAGGGCUUCCUCACCACCCAGUGCAAGGUCCUCGUCAUUGGCGCCGGCGGCCUCGGCUGCGAGAUCCUCACCAACCUGGCCCUGAGCGGCUUCCGCGACAUCCACAUCAUCGACAUGGACACCAUCGACGUGUCCAACCUCAACCGCCAGUUCCUCUUCCGCCACAGCGACGUCGGGCGCAGCAAGGCCCAGGUCGCUGCCGACUUUGUCAUGCGCCGCUGCCCUGCCGUCGCCGUCACGGCGCACCAUUGCAAGAUCCAGGACAAGGACGAUGACUUUUACAUGUCGUUCAACCUCGUCAUCUGCGGCUUGGACUCGGUCGCGGCGCGCCGCUGGAUCAGCGCCACCCUCGUCGGCCUCGUCGACGAGGACAACCCCGAGUCGCUCAAGCCCCUCAUCGACGGCGGCACCGAGGGGUUCAAGGGCCAGGCCCGCGUCAUCCUGCCCACGGUCUCGUCGUGCUACGAGUGCAGCCUGGACAUGCUCGGCAAGCAGACGGUGUUUCCCAUCUGCACCAUUGCCAACACGCCGCGGCUGCCCGAGCACUGCAUCGAGUGGGCCAGCGUGCUCGAGUGGCCGCGCGUGCACGGCGACGACAAGAAGCUCGACACCGACGACCCCGAGCACAUUGCCUGGCUCCUCGCCGUGGCCAGCAAGCGCGCCGACCAGCACGGCAUCCUGGGUGUCACGUGGAGCCUGACCCAGGGCGUCGUCAAGAACAUCAUCCCCGCCAUUGCGAGCACGAAUGCCGUCAUUGCUGCCGCUUGCACGCAGGAGGCAUUCAAGUUCGCCACGACGGCCGCCUUCUACCUGGACAACUACAUGAUGUACACGGGCAACGAGGGCGUGUACACGUACACGUUUGAGCACAAGAAGCGGCCCGACUGCCCCGUCUGCGGCGGCGAUGUGCGCCAGCUCGAUGUUGCGCCCGACACGACGCUGGCCCGCGUCAUCGAGAUGCUCGCCGAGAUGCCCGACCUGCAGCUGCAGAGGCCCUCGCUGUCGUCCAGCGGCCGCACUCUCUACUUCCAGUCGCCCAAGCAGCUCGAGGAGGCCUCGCGGCCGAACCUCGAAAAGGCGCUCAGCGACCUGCUCCAGGACGGCGACGAGAUCGACGUCACCGACGAGCGGCUGCCCUUCCAGCUCUCGCUCCGCGUCAAUUUUGUCUGAGUCUCACUCUGAGUCUGUGGCCAGUGUCCCGUCUCAGGAGAGAGAGAAGUCAUGUCUAGAGAGGAAGGAAAAACACAUGUUGGAAGAUGUACAAUCAUGAGGUGUAUAGAUACAGGUUUAUUGUUUCUCUCUCAAGCGGCGUUCCCAGC